AUGGCGCAAGACAUAGCGUCCAUAGAACGUGCCCCUGGCCCGCUCUUCGAGCAACGGUUGCGGAGUCUCUUCCACGAAAACAAUGGCAAAGACCCAGACUCUCCCGAGAAAGAUGCUCCGGAGCAUUUGGAGAACGAAGAUCCGCGUGAUCUGCCGUUUACCCCUGAAUGGACUUCAACAAAUGAGUUGAUCAAGGGCAUUCCUCACCAAGCCUUCCCCAAGGAAGCUGAAUCUAAUCGUCUCCUGAACCUCUUCAACUCCUAUAUGGGAGUUACACAACACUUCUUAGACCAGCGGACAUUCACAGACAACAUGACGCUACUUUUCAACAGCCAAGCGUCUCGAGCUCGACAGACGGACACACCAUGGUUCACACUGUACCUUCUAGUCAUGGCCAUGGGCAAGUUGAUGGAGGAGGAUCCGCGCGAGGUUCGAGGACCCCCGGGAGCGUUCUGGUUUGCUGAGGCCAUGAGGAGGUUACCGCCUCUUCACAGCAUCAGCGAGUACGGCAUCGUAGGGCUCGAGAUUCUAUGUUUGGCGACGACAUAUCUGCAGUGGAAUGACCGGAAGAAUGACGCAUACUUUUUCGUGGGAACAACAGUACGGCUUGCUCUGACUCUGGGCUGCAACUUGCCAUUUUCAGAGCAGAAGUGCCUACCAUCAGAGAGAGCACAUAGAAUGCGGGUGUGGUGGACUGUCUACAUGCUGGAUCAUCGAGGCGCAUUAUCGCAAGCCGACCUUGUCAGGAAGAUGAGAAACUUGCUUCAAUCACUACACGACAUUGGCGGAUCUAUCCCGGCAGAUCUUGCCAUAGACUUCAGCAACAAGCAGUUUGAGGUCACCAGAGCUGGCGCAUCACUCUAUCUGAGGUUAUUCCAGGUCAAAGACAAGGUUCAGAAAACACAGAAGCAAGCCGUGACCUCGGCAAUCUCCCAGCUAUGCCUUCUUUGCAACGAAUCGGCUUUGAGAAUCAUCCGCAUUCUCAUGGCUAUGCAAAGGCAAGAAGAAAUUGCGCCGUUCGCAUUCUUCGAUCUGGAUGCUGCCUUUUCAGCCGCCUUCGUCCUAAUCAUGCGCGGCUUCGCACACAAGCAGGACAGCCAGAAGCCGCCACCGCAAGAACUCUUCCAGGCUAUUGAUUUCUUGGAGUACCUGUCCUCUGCCGGAAACCAGGCUGCAGCUCAGCGUCUCAAGGAUGUUCGGCAGUUCUCUGCACACGUGUGGGCCAAUGUGGUAGCGUUCGAUAAGGACCAUGACGUGCAGAUGGGAGAAUCCGGGGCGUCCCAUGGGGUACCCCAGGUGGGGAACACACCCGGGGCCGGACUACCGGAGCAGUCGGGACCUUCACCGGCCCAGAUGCCCUUGACUACGCCGACGCCUAGCUCCUCGGUGCCGUCUUGGGAGGGAGAAAUGUUCGGGGGACCUGCAGAUACUUAUGGAUCAGACACAUUAUUCGGUCUGAACUUGGAUGAGAAUCUGGAACAAGCCUUUGGGCUGGAAGCGGCAGAGGGUAUCUACAAUAGUUUCAACGACCCAACUCUCCCCUUAACGGGAGUCGACCAGCUGGAUUGGGCUGAGCUGGAAAAGAUGAUGGCACCAGGAGGGUAUGGUUCAUAG